UCAUUUAAUAAUUUGGUAUAUAUUUAGUAUAUUUGAAUAAACAAAAUUCAAAAGAUGUCGGUGCGCCAUGACUGGUAUCAAUCGGAAACAUUUGUAGUUGUUACUAUAUUUUUAAAAAAGUCAGACGAGAAAGAUUGUCAUGUCAAAAUUUCACGGGAAGGUCUUGUGGUAACCGCUCAGAAUUACAAUUUUGAUAUAAGGCUGUUACAUGCUAUAAAAGUAAUGCAGUCUUCAUAUAAAGUAUUUCCUACUAAAAUUGAAAUUAGACUAAUGAAAGAAACCAAUGAGCGUUGGACUUGUUUAGAAUUUUAUGAAUCAAAGCCAGUUGAGGUUCAAAGCAUAUCUUUUCCAAUGACUACAUACAGACGACCAAGCAUCAAUAAGGAAGAUCAUGUACCCAACUGUAGUGAAAAGGGUAUGUGUGGUUUAUUGAAAGCUGUGUACAAUAAUUUUUCACCUGAAGUACGAACACAAAUAAACAAAAUGUAUUUUGAAGCGCAAAAUAGGGACUAUGCCACAAACUAUGCAAUAGCCAAGGAAGGAUGGCAGAAAUACGUAGAGGCUUUCAUGAAGAAUACAAAGAACAAUCAAAAAAGCAAAGAAUCAGAAGAGGGAAAACAGCAUAGAGGAACCAAACAAGGAAGGUUUGCUGCAGAAGAAGAAGAAACAAUGGAUCAGAAAGAGAAAUAAGCAAUGGAAGUAUCAAAUCAAUAUUUAUUACUUGCAGUUACUUCAAUUCACGAAAAUAAAUGUCGUAGCCAAAGAAGCCUGUCUUAAAUAUAUUAAGACUUCUGCAGAGUAUUAAAAACUCUAAAAAAUGUUAAUGGAACUGGAAGUCAAAAGACCGAAAGAAGAACCAAGUAAAUAUUUUUUCUAUUUCUUUAUCUCGAAAUAGAUCCUAGGCUAUGACCCAAGGAAGCCUGGCUGUGAUAUAAAAAAAAUAGCAUAAAAUCUGAAAGAGAAUAUUGGGUCUGAAUAGAUUUUUGUUAUGAAUAAUAUGCCGACUUAUCAAUAUAUAUAUCGUCGCAUCGACAUCUGAAAUCAUUUUCUUAGGGCUAAGGUCAAAAAUUUCAAUUAUA